AUGGCACCAUACACCAACAACACCGUGGAAGCUGAUGGCAUUAACAUUUUUUACCGUGAAGCGGGUCCGAACGAUCCAUCAACACCCGUUAUCCUUCUCAUCCACGGCUUCCCAACUUCAUCUCAUCAAUAUCGAAACUUGAUUCCAGCUCUAACUGCUGGAUCCAACAACAAAUACAGAAUCAUCGCACCAGAUCUUCCCGGUUUCGGCUUUACUGAAGUUCCAGAAAGUCGAAAAUACAAAUACACCUUUGAAAACUUUGCUUUGAGCAUCGAAGCACUACUCGACGUGCUCAACGUCAAGAAAUACACACUUUACGGCUUCGAUUACGGUGCGCCAACCGGCUUUCGUAUGGCUCUUCGACGACCAGAGUCGAUUCAGGCGAUCAUCAGCCAGAACGGAAAUGCCUACGAGGAAGGUCUCGGCGAUUUCUGGAACCCACUUCGCAAUUACUGGGCCAGUGGUCUUGAAGAGCAUCGCGCAAUCAUUCGAGAUACACUGUUGAUAUACAAGACCCACAAGAUGCAAUACACUUUGGGAACACCUGAUCUCACCACAAUUUCACCGGAAACAUAUACGCUCGACGACGCUCUCAUGCUUCGACCAGGGAUCAAGGAUAUUCAACUUGAUAUCUUUUACGACUACCAAACCAAUUUACCUCUUUAUCCCAAGUUCCAGGAGUUCUUCAAGUCGUCCAAGGUACCUAUUCUAGCUGCUUGGGGCAAACAUGACAUUAUUUUUGUAUCACCGGGAGCUGAGGCUUUCAAGAAAGAUUUGGGAGAUCAAGUGGAACUUCAUCUUUUAGAUGCGGGCCAUUUUGCAGUGGAAAGUCACACGGAUGUGCUAGCAGAUCUAAUUUUGAAGUUCUUGGAGACGAAUGGAAUUUGA